AAGAACUCCAGCAAAGGAUCAGUCAAGAGACCUUGAACAAGAAAGAUGAGAGAAGAACUUUCUGGAACAGAGAACAGCCCCUUGCACUUGGAGAGAGGUACUCAAAGCCAGAACAGAAAUUCCAUGAUGACCCCCGAGUCAGAUGGCCACCUACAGUGCCCUAUUCCAUGUGCUGUUCUCACUGUCGUCUUUAUUGUUACUUUGAUCAUAGCUUUAAUUUCUUUGUCAGUGGGCCAAUACAAUUGUCCUGGAAUAUACACCAAGGAAAAUACAUACCCACUGAUGACAUCCAUGCCCCUGGCUCCUCCUGUCUCCUCAUGCCCAGAUUCCUGGAUUGGAUAUCAAGGCAAUUGUUACAUCUUUUCCAACACUACAGGGAACUGGUCCACCAGCCAAUAUGCCUGCUCGUUCCAUGACUCAACUCUUGCCCAGAUUGCCUCUAUGGAGGAUCUGAUUUUUCUCCAACGAUAUGCGGGGAGUGUUGAGCACUGGAUUGGCCUGAGAAAUGAAACAAACCAAGAAUGGCGAUGGACAAAUGACAAAGAAUUCAGUGGCUGGUUCAACCUCACAGGAAAUGGGAAUUGUGCAUACUUGAGAAAUACUGAGGUCAGCAGUGCCAACUGCCAGGAGGAUCUCCACUGGAUCUGUAGCAAACCCACCAAACACUGACAACUCAUGCUCAUGGACUUGCCUGAAACUCAGGGAAUUCAGUCUCUCAGUGGAUUUGCUUAUUCCAUGUAUGAAUUUCUCCUUAAAGACUUCCAUUCCCUUCUCCAUUGGUAAGAGACCUAGGAAAUCUCCUGAGUCAUUCUAAAAGCUCCAGAGAGACCAGCCUUUACCAAGAUUCCCUGUUAUUGGUAGAUGCCCCUGAGCACACUACGAUGCUUGAUGAGAAAAGCCCAGCUGCUUAAGCUGAAAUGUCUCCUGCAGCAUAUAGGUAGAGAUGACUCAUUCCAAGAUAUGUACGUAUCUCACCAUCAGGUCAAAAACCAGAGGAUGAUAACCACAAAUCUAUAUGAGCAAGAAGCUGCUGAACAAAACAGAGCAAAUUAAGGAAGAAGGAGAAUAGAAAAAAAAAUGAAAAAACCUCAACAACUUGAGCAUCAGCUUGCUAGAAAGCUCAAGUGCCACCCAAAUGCUUAAGGGGAAAUUGUACCUACUCUAAUAAAUGUACGCAAACACCCUGGAUGUAUAAACACCUGGAUUCCUGGACUAUAGUGCCACAGAACAUCUAGAUUUUUAGCAGCCACCCUAGACUAGAGAAAACUAAUAAGGCAAAUGGUUUCUCAGGCAGCUGUAAGAAUCUCCUACAGCAUUAGGAUGAAUCCAGUUCACGGUCAUAGUUCUAAGAGAAGAAGAUGAAGAAAUUUUGGUUUGGGACGUUUCUGUAAUGGUGGUAGAAAGUUUUGAACUGGUUCAGGAAGCAAUUUUCAAAAGGGACAUGAUGAAUAAUGGAAGCUUCCUGGAUUUGGAGGUGUUAACAACGGAUAUAGAGAAGAACUAGGUGGUGACUCUUUUUGAAGUGGUCCUAGCUCUGGAGGAGAUAAAAUAAGGACACUGUCAUCAUAUGCCCAGCUCUUUGAAAAACAAAUUAAAUCCACUUGUUUUCUCUCCUUCUAGUGCCCCUGUGAAGAAACACUUAAAAGACUACAAGCCUUGACUAUUAAAUCUUAGAAACUUCAGGAAGAAAAAGCCAACAACAAAGUCAUGACCUGAAAAGUAUUCUUUGGGCUUUUCCUUCAUUAGUGUUCUAGAGCAGGAGGAAGCAUGAUGGAGGCUGCCUUUCAAAGAGCUUACAUGUUUCUCUUAAGUACUGAGCAUCAAUUAUUCCCCAAGAAAGAAAUAGAGUACCUUGAAGAACCCUGUGGAAGAACUAAUAUUUCUGUGAGCCAGAAAACCUCAUGGUGAUACUGAUUAAGCAGCACUCCUAAGGAGGAAGAAUAUAUAUAUAUUUUUAAUAAACCCUUACUUUCUAUCUCAGAAUUGGUACUAGGUAUUGAUUUUGAGACAGAAGAGUAGUAAGGGCUAGAUAAUUGGGGUUAAAUGACUUGCCCAGGGUCACACAGCUAGGAAAUGUCUGGCUGAGAACAGAUUUGAACCCAGGACUUCCUAUCUCCAGAACUGUCUCUCUACUCACUAAGCAACCUAACCACCCUUGAGUAACCUUUUCUUAACAUUCCAGUUGCAGUUUGGUGGAGCAGAAGAUGGAGGGUGGGCAUCAUCAGAAGACCUGAAUUCAUGUUCCAUCUCAGACAUUGAAUAGCUUGGUGACCUUGGGCAAGACACCUCCUUUCUCACCCUCAGUUUUCUUAUCUGUAAAAUGAGGGAAUUGGACUCAGAGACCUCUACGGUCCCUUUAAAUCUAUGAUUCUAUGCACUUUAUGUUUAAAUAGUGCCUUUGUUAACUAUAAUAUUCAAAAACAAGACAGAGACUGAAUUCAUAAUUAUUUAUUUGCUGACCACUUAGUAAAGUUGCACAAAAUGAAGGAGUUUGGUUUCUAUGUGAAAACAGACUGAAUGUAAAUAUCUAGAGACAUAGCAGUUGUCACCUUCUCCACCCCCACUCCCAAUGCAUCUCAUGACAAAGACAUUGGGUUCAAGUACAUUUCACACCUGACUCCCCAUAUGCAUUCAUUUAAAUUUUUUUUAUUGAUAAAUAAGAUGUUAACUUUAAGAUGAUUUAUCUCUGUAUCUCUCACUGUCUCUCUUUUUCUGUAUAUCUGUCUCUGUCUCAGUUUCUAUCUCUCAAAGUGUGUCAUUUGACUAAGGAGACAAAUUGGACCAUAGGGACAUUUUGAUCUCUAAUUUCUAUGUUUUUGUUAAACAUGGAUGGAUUUUUCUUUAAUCAAAUAUUAAAAUCUAUAAGAUCUCAUUAUUCAAUUAUGCUGAAAAAAAUCCCCACAAUCCUUUGCUUUUGAUAACUAGUCUCAUAUUUAUAAUAUCAUGCAGGGAUAAGGAAUAGGAGAGAAGAACGGAGUCUGUUUAAAACAGAUAACUAUGCUGAAAAUGUGCAAUAUGUGAUAUGUCUAUUUCUAAACUGAUAGGAAACAAAAACUGAUUGUUUAAAGCUGAGAAAAAUCAAUUUCUUCAGCUGGCCUGCUAGGAUCACUGCUUGUAUGUGCAAUACUACAUGUGAAAUAUUUUUUUGUUUGUUUCCAAAGUGUUUGGAUGGUCAAAUGUAUAUGUUAAAUAGUCUUUAGAAAAUAAAUGAAAAAGAAAAGAAAAAGAAAAUAAAUUGAAACUAUUGA